AUGUCUGACAAAAACGUUUAUCCAAACAAAUUCAACAAAUUGCGAAGUAUCUACAAAUAUUAUAUCGAUGCAUAUCGUACAUUGUAUCAGCUAAAAACGGAAAAAAUCGAAGAAUUAAAGUCAAUUUACAAAAUGAUCAAAACAGAAUUGAUUGAUUCCAUGAAAUAUCCACCCAAAACUAUUAUAAAAGAUAUUUCACAUAUCAUUCUAUAUAAUAAUCGCUAUGCAAAGUCAUAUUUAUUUCUUACCAAACUCUUAUCUGAUGAAUAUCAUGUUAGCGAGGUCAAAGAUCUCACACUUAUUACAAACUUCCUGUUUUAUAAAGAAUAUGGAAUUAAAUUAGACAAAUCUGCCAAUUUUGAAGAAUUUAAAUCAGAAAAUCUCGAAAUUCAUGAAGAAAAUACAAUUUACAGGGCAAUUAUGAAUAAUGACAAAGAAAGACUUAUCAUAUUCACUGAAAGAGAUGAAUUUGAUAAAGAUCAAAGACUUGAAAGUAGUUUAUAUCCAUUUUAUUAUAAAGGAUUAUCAUUGCUUGAAUUAUGUUGUUACCAUGGAGCAGUUGAUUGUUUCAAAUUAUUAAGAACAAAAUUUAACACAGAAAUAACUGAAACAUGUCUAGAAUUUUCAUUUUUAGGAAGAAACAAAGAGAUCAUGAGUGAAUGUUUGAAAUAUCAAAAACCAAAUGAUGAAUGCAUGUUUUAUGCAAUUAUUUCACACAACAUUGAUUUUGUUACAUUCUUGAUGAAUGAAUACAAUAUAAAGAUCAAUUUAGAAUAUUGCGGAAAAUAUAAGAACAUCGAAUCAUUUUUAGUUUAUUUUGAUCAAACUAAUGAUAUUAACCAAUGUUGUUUUUACUCAGUAAUGUUUAAUAUUCCAUCUCUUUUGGAAUACUUCCUUUCACAUUGUGCGAAUAUCAAUGAAAAAUAUAAAGCCGAAAGAACAGCACUUCAUAUUGCAACACUUUAUGAUUGUACAGAAACUGCAGAAGUUCUCAUUUCAAAUGAUGCUAAUAUCAAUGAAAAAGAUCAAUAUGGAGUAAUUGCUCUUCAUUAUGCAGCACGUGAAAAUAGUAAAGAAAUUGCUGAAGUUCUCAUUUCACAUGGUGCGAAUAUCAAUGAAAAAGAUAAAUGUGGAAGAACGGCACUUCAUAUUGCAACAGUACGCGAUAGUAAAGAAACUGCAGAAAUUCUUAUUUCACAUGGUGCGAAUAUCAAUGAAAAAGAUGUAAAGGGAAGAACAGCACUUUUUAUUGCAGAAAGGAAAAAAGUGAAGAAUUCGUUGGACUUCUUACAUCACAUGGUGCAAAAGAAUAAUGUUCUUACAUAA